AUGUCCGCGCCUAAGAACGAUGGAGCAGAGAGACUCUCCCGAAUGGUUCAUUUUAUACGGUUCAGGAAUCGCAAUCUCAAGCACGACAACAAGGCCAACGACGACAACGACAACAAUAACAACAACUCAUUCUCCCUGCCCUCUUCGCCCAUAUCGUCCACACCACCCUCAUCCCCAUUUUCACACUCACGUCCAUCUUCGUACAUCGACCCCCCCUCGACCUCAGAUCCGUUCGACCCGUCCUCUUUCCUCUCCUCUUCUUCCUCGCCCUUAUCCGCCUCCUCGGACCCACACUGGGACCCAUACGCGAACCCCAUACCCUCCUCGCACGGACAGAAAGGCCUCAGAAAAUCCUCCUCCCGUUUCUUCCAACGCAUAACCGACCGCGCCCUCGGCCGUCGCCGGACCGACUCCAGACCUGAACCCUUAAAGUUACCUCCCCACUCUUUCAUCCCCGCCACAUUCGACCCUCAGACCUCGACGGGGAUAGCGACGACCACAGGAACGGGGGCAGCGGCAGAGGCAGAGGCGAGGGCAGAGUUCCCGAUCGUGGUCGUCCAGUACAAACGCGCUGAUUUCGGAGUGGGCAUGGAGGAGGAGUUGCAUUGGAUGCUCAUGAUCCUUAUUACCGACACGACCUCUCCUUUGGCCGGCUCCUUUCAUUCGGAGGAACUGGCUAUGACCAUGAGCGGGCCUUCGUUCCAGGCUAUCGACCGGCAUUACUCCGAUGAGCGUGGGGUGGUGUGGAAUCUGCAUUACACACAGACUGAUAAUCUGGUCAAUCUGUUGAGUAAGCGGUGUUUGGGGGGUGUCAGGGUUGGUGGGAUCUCGUUUAGGGAUAUGGGGAAGGAGAGGGAAGAGGUUGAUGGAGAGAAGGGGAAUGGGAAGGAGGAGGCUGAUGAGCAGGAUAAAGGGAAGGAGGUGAACGGCGAGGGCGGAGGUAGAUGGAAGACGAGGGAGGAACUAGAAAGCGAGGUGAAGGAGGUGGUCGAGUUGAUCAGAGGACAUGAGCCGGUCGUCAAGCAGGAAGUGGAGGGGUGGAACUGUAGGGCCUGGCUGCUCGAGGUUCUGCAGCUGCUGAGGGAGAAGCAGCGCCAGGACGGUGUUCGUGAUGAGGGCGGCUCUGGCAGCAACAAGGGCUCAAAGAGCUCUAAGGCCUCCAAGGCUUCCAAAGUCAAAGAUGAAGAACCGAAAGAGCGCCAAACGGAGAGCCGGUCCAGAGGCUGGGUCGACGACGGCGUGACCCUCGAACAGAAAUGGAUAGUCGAACGCAUGCGGGUCGCCAGUCGCGAGACGGUGAAGCGAAAUGCUUUGCUGGAAGAGUUAGGGUUGGAUGGGGGAAUGAGUGUUCGGUUGGUGGGUGCGAAGGAGGAGAUGCAGGAGUUGAGCGACGGUGAGAAGCGGGUGGCAGAGGGAAGGAUGAAGUAUCACGUUCCCGUUGUUGUGGGAUGGGGGUGUUGCGAUGGUGAAGGUAGUAAAGGCGAAGUCAGUGAGGAUGAGGCCGAGGGCGAGGGCAAGAACGGUGCCGAGGAGGUGUAAG